CUGCUUUAGUGCAAGCCAAAACAGAACAUCAUGGCGAUUGAUGGUGGCGAGCGUAACUGUGGAGUACAUGAGCUGAUCUGCGUCAGAAAAGUCUCUCCAGAGGUGCUGGGGUUUCUGACAGCCAUCGGACUCUUCAUCAUUCUCAUGACCCUCCUGUUCUGGUACCUCAACAACAAGCUGGCACUAGAGAACCCAGGGAACCUUCAGUGCCUUGAUGACUUCAGGAAAAAAACAGAUCUGCAAGACAAGGCCUACGCUGACGCCGACCUACAGGGUUCAUCAUCGGACAGCGAGGAUGAACUGAUGGGUCAGUAUCAGGAAGCGGUCAGCCGCUCUCAAGGCCUCCGUGGAGGAGCUAAGGCAGCCUCUAACACCAAACACGUUGGAGGUUUCAGCUGGGAGAGUCGACAGAAGUACAGCCCUCUGACUGCUGAUUAUGACGGCUACAGCAGUGAAGCCUCGGCUGACGACGCCAACUGCAUCCAGAGGAUGAGACGAACACCGCCACUGGAUGAGCUUCAGCCACCUCCUUAUCAGGAUGAGAAUGGCUCCCCAAUUAUGUCCUGUACUCUGUCGGAUCUGGGCGAUGCCAAGUGUGAUCUUUCCUAUACCAGUGGCAGUCCCCACCUGUCUUUUGGCAAAUGCCCCAGUGAGGGCAGCGACGGCCCCGAGACUGAGAGUUACCUUAACAAGGGCUAUGAGGAGGAUGUACCCAGUGACAGUACAGCUGUCCUCAGCCCAGAGGACAUGUCAGCCCGUGGGUCAGCAGCUCAGCUCCUUAAAGGUUAUGAACCAGAUCCAAUUGCAAAAUAUGGCACUCUGGACGUGGUGUUUGACUUUGAUUCAGAGGACCAGCAGCUGGCGGUCACCAUUAUGGCAGUAACAGACCUUCCUGCCCUAAAACGCACCGGCAACUUCUCCUGGCAGGUCCACCUGGUGUUGCUGCCCAUCAAGAAGCAGAGGGCGAAGACGGGAAUCCAGAGAGGCCCAUGUCCAAUCUUCACGGAGACCUUUCACUUUAGCCAUGUGGAGUCAGAGAUGAUCAGCAAUUAUGCCAUCCGCUUCCGACUUUAUAGUAUGCGGCGAAUGAAGAAGGAGAAGGUGCUCGGGGAAAAGGUGUUCUACCUCACCAAGCUCAACCUUCAGGGCAAAAUGUCUGUGCCGGUCAUAUUAGACCCAUGCUGUGCUCUCCCGGGUGGUGAAUCCCAGGCCAGCCUCUCAGAUAUGACAUGCAGUGAAAGCGCCUCAUCAUUCCAGUCAGUCAGUCAGACGUCCACACCAGAGAUCCUCGUGGGCCUGGUGUACAACGCCACAACAGGACGUCUCUCUGUGGAGAUCAUCAAAGGCAUCCAUUUCAAAAACCUGGCUGCCAACAAGCCACCCACUGUCCAACCCUUGUUGUCAGAUGGACUGUUCUGUUGUCUAAAACACUUGAUAGGUGGACAGGUUUAUAUUAUCAGAGAUACAUAUGUUAAGCUGACCUUACUGAACUCCAUGGGCCACGAGAUGUCCAAGUGUAAGACAUCCAUCUGUCGAGGUCAGCCAAACCCGACCUACAAAGAGACGUUCGUCUUCCAGGUAGCUCUUUUCCAGCUGUCGGACGUCACGCUCAUCCUCUCCGUCUACAACAAGCGCAGCAUGAAGCGCAAAGAGAUGAUUGGCUGGAUUUCGCUCGGCCUCAACAGCUCCGGAGAGGAGGAGCUCACCCACUGGACACAGAUGAAAGAGUCUAAAGGACAGCAGGUUUGCCGCUGGCACAGUUUGUUGGAGUCCUAACAGCAAGACAACAUUAAGUGAAAGAAAGGGCGAGAGGAUAACUGCGCAGAGUAGUUGUCCUCCCGGAUUGGCGAGAGAUGGAUAAGUUCAGCUGACAGAUGUUCAAGGAACCAGGGUCAGUGUCGAUGGAGAAAAAGAAACAAACGUGUCUGCACUCAGAGUCGUUCAGCUGGGCAUAGCAUAAGCAGUUUCAUGGCACUGUUUGUAAAAUCUCUCACAGCCAUUGAUCAGUCAUAUGGCGAGUACUAUGAUGUGCUUUCUUUCAUGGAUUGCCUUGUAAUGACCUUUAAGUUUCUGUAGAUGGCACUUACUGUUUUUGACCGUUCAACCGGUUGAGCUGGAACCUGUUCCAAAAAACAGGUUCAGGAUAACAAUGAGCGCUAAAUUAUCCUCAACUCAAGCUCAAACAACUGACAUCAGGAUUGUUGACUGACUGUUGAUCUUAUCAGAAAGUGUGCAAGGCCCCAGAAACAAGCCCACCCUCUCAUCCUCUUGUUUAGUUUUUCUGAAGGCAACUACAAGGGACUGUAUUUCCCAUGAGCACCACUUCAUAUCGUAAAGAUCUUGACCUGGCUACCAUGUCCGUGCAUUUGAAUGCUAGUGAAAGAAAGUUAGUUAAUGACAUAACAAUUAGGUAAAGUUUCUGUUUGUGACCAUGUAACAUUAAUUACUGUUACAUGAUUAUGGUGAAACAAACUAUUUUAGCACCAUUCAUACGCACACAGAAAGUUAUCAACAAUCCAGAGUAAUGUUAUGUCAGAUAGCACAGUCGCAAGGCCACCAUAAAAUGUUACAUUUACAGAUGUAUUGACCUAAACCUCAACAGACUGUAAAAUAGACAUCUUACAUGUCUGUCUAGGAGGAAGAGGCCCAAUUUCAAGUUCCAGUUUUUGGCUUGUUUUUUUUUAAUCCAAGCUCCCAUUGUCAAUUUUAGCAUUUUUAUUUUUCGCCCCAGUAUCAGCAAUAAGCAUAAAAUACAACAUCAAAAAUACAAUUCUAUAAAGAGAAAAUCUCCAUCUGCUUCUCCUUCAUUGACUAACGUACAUAGGCUCUUCUGGUCGGCAAUAAAUCUUUUCAUCUUAUUUUGCGUGGAGUCAGACCCAGAGGCACUGAAUAGCCUAUCUUCCUACUGAUGGUCUUGUUUGUUUAUGUAGGUCAUAUAGAGGCAUCGGUAUUAAAUGGAAACUGUUUCAUAACCAUUUAACCUGUUUUAAAGGUUGACCAGGAAAAUUAUUUUCACACAGAAGGCAGAACAGAGCAUGCACGGCCACGAUUCACACCUUUGGUCAUGGACUUAUUCCGUCAAUUGGUUUCUUCCUAUGAGCAUUGUGGGUCUCACAUGAAGACAAACGUUUCCACUGAAGUUGGAAAGGCUUUAGAUGUUUCACAUGAGAGAUUUCUAUAUUUCUCACCGGUUUGAAGUGGGUGGGCCUCGGUUCAAAAAAGGUGAUGUCAUGUAUCACAGCGAGAGAGUCAGUCAUAGCGACAUUUGGAUCAAAAUCGGAUGAUGGUCUUGGCAUUGUUUGUCUAAGUUACUUCAAACAAACCACACCCACACAGUCCUGAUGAAGCAGAUUAGCUGAGUUUUUGAGUGCUUAAUAAUAAUAAUAUGAACAAGUAGUCAUUUAUUUAUGAGUGUUUAAUGUUAUAGAGAAAUACUUUGAACUUUGAACCUGAUGUCAGUUGUUUAGGCCAGAGGUGUCGCUACAUGUUAGCUAUCCUGUUCCUCAUCUAUUAGUCACAAUCACAGACAUAAAAUGUGCCACUUCUUCUAUCCAGGGAAGACAUUAAGUGAAACAAGCUUCAUGAAUUGAACACAAAUACAAUUUAGAUUAAAUCACCAUGCUCUAAAUGUUUGCAAAUCAUUACUUAAUUAGCUUUAAUCACCAAAUCUUAAUGUGUUGGCUGCAAAUUCAUUGCAAUUCUCAGUUGCACUCUCUGGGGGUGGAGGCAUGUUGAAAGAUAUUUUGAAGGUUGAGGGUAGUGGUGGAUAUGUUUUCACAGAAUGUAUGAAGAAUUCAUUUGGAGAUAUGAGCUGAAUUACUACACAUUACACACGAAUCUCUCUCAGUCGAAACGACCUGAGGCAGAACAUCUCACCAUUGUCUGUACCUCAACUCGAGUAAACCAAACAACGAUUAAGUAAUCGUAGACUCUCUUGUCAGGUAAAUAAAUUGUAUGAGAUAUAUUCUGCUUCACAUCAUCGACAGUGGAAAUGUCACAGUUGACGUAUGGAUCUGAGAAGAAUUUCACAUUGUUAGAUAUUUUUGGAAACGCUUACAGACCGAGAUAUGAUACAGAAAAGUUUGUGUGCUCUUGAGCUUACAUCCACGAUACAAAAGUCACACAGAAUAUCAAAGGCAGAGAAAUUUAAGACACUUUUGUAUGAGCAUCUCUUGAAUAAAAAUAACCUAGAAACACAUCACAGCAGUAAAGCUAACAGGUGAGAAGAAAAAUGUACCUGUUACUCUCUUAAACCUGCUCUGGUGCUAAUAUGUGCUGUGGCUGCACUCACAGAAUCCCUUGCCUUAUGCUUAAGUCGCUACAUACAUUUCUUUAAGUGGACCUGCUACAAAAACAGACACAGACACACCUUCAGAGCACACACAGACCUGCAUCCAUAAUUACAGAAAGCACACACAGCACUGCGCCGCUCAGCCUCACUGAAGGGAAUUUCUAAGAAAUGUUUUCAGAGGAGCCACGCUGACAAACCUGCAGAGCGUCUAAAGGCGGACGGGUUGUAUUUUUAGCUGUGGCUACUUUCUCACUUCAUUUCAUUUACAGACAACAGAAAAUACAUAUACUCUUUACUGUGCCUGUGGUUGUGGUGAAAGCUAGCUUUGUGCAGUGUUUACCAAGUGGAUGUGUGUGUUGACUGGAAAGGUACAGUAAAGGGGGCGUGGGGGGGCUUUGAUAUAGGUAGUUGUUGCAUUUUCUCGUUGGGUGUCAAUUUCUGACUUUAAUUACUGGUAUUUAGAACAAAGUAACCCACUUCUUGAUUGUCUGCCAUAUACUUUCUAUAAAUGUUUUCUUAUCUAUUUUUGUAUCAAUAAUGGGGAAGAAAUUGUGUCAAGGCAGUUAAAUAGUGAAUGUUAACCCACCUUAUAACCCUGAGCAAUACUAUUCUGGAUUGCUGUUGUUUAUUCUGUUAUUGCAUUUUAUGUUUUAGAAGUGAAACUAACACGUUUAUGUCUUAUAGUUCUGGUCCUCUUUACAUUUCCCUUUCUAAAACUAGAAAGGGAUGUGACGGAGGCCUGCAGAGCUCAUCUCAAAAGAAAGACUUUUCAGCUUUGAUGCUUUUUAACAGUGUUAGAAGCACAGCCUUUACAGCACAACAGUGAAACAUUUGUGUAAAAGAUAGCUUGGCAUGAGCUUACUUGUACAUACGAGAGACAUCAGAUUAUUUGAAGCCAAUAUUGCCUGCUAAAAGUAAAAAUCCAUUCCUACAUUCUUUUUUUAUCAACCUGGAUCAUUUGAUUUGACUUAUUAAAUGUGUUCUUGUGCUCACAGUUCAUUAACCUGCAGAAAAAGGAGUGAUCUUGUUAAAUCAACAGAAGGUGUGCAGGAAUUUAACUAGAUUUUACCCAACGUGUGAUCUCUUAUCAGUGGGUGGGUGAGCAUGAUGGUGGCAGCCAUGCUCGACAAUUAAGACUAUAUCAUCAGUGAAGAAGUUGUUUUUUAUGCAUCUUGGAUUUCUAUCUGGAUGACAGGGAAAACAUAGAGCAAGAGAGAACUGUGAAAUAAAAAUAUGCACACUUUAGCAGUGUGAUUAAACCUUUAAAACGUCUAGAUCUUACUACCAAACUAUGGAAGCUAAAAAAGGCAGAUAGGAUUUUAAUCUUGCAAGCAACUGAAUAUUAAGAUGUGAAAUUUAAUCACUAUUCAAUGUGAACACCACAGAAUCUAUAGAAACAUUUUCAUUUGAUGAGAUCUUUGGUUUAAUCCCCCCUCCUUAAAUUUCUUUAGGAAAUCAUUUCAAGUUGUGCAACUGUACAAUUUUUUAGGAACCACAAAUUCAUGUAGAAAAUUGUGUCCAGGUACGGGAUAAUGUACAGUGAACUGCUCAUUAUCGUGAAAUAAAACCCAGCAGGGCAAUGCAGGAUCCCAGCAUAAAGUGGGGUCUUAUUCCAUUUCACAGAAAUGAUUUUAUUGAUUCAAAUAUGUUUUAGAGUCUAUGAUCAAAUGCAUCCGUAGCAACGGGCUGCUAUUCUUGAGAUGACACGUGCCAUAAUUGACCAAUCAGAACUGAGUAUUCAACAAAGCUGUGUAAUAAUUUAUAU